GGGCAGGCGCCCCGGCCUGGUCUCCAUGGCAGCCGCGGAUUUAUUACGGAGCCUCCACCCAGCUUGGCGGACUUUCGACUUGAAGCUGGGAGGAAAGGGACGGAGCAGGCAGUUGUGGGAGCCUCAAGCCCGCAAGUGACAGCCUGAGGCCCAGGAUGGCCAAGUUCCUUUCCCAGGACCAAAUUAAUGAGUACAAGGAAUGCUUCUCCCUGUUUGACAAGGAGCAGCGGGGGAAGAUAAAAGCCACUGACCUCAUGGUGGUGAUGAGGUGCCUGGGGGCUAGCCCAACACCAAGGGAAGUGCAGCGGCACCUACAGAUCCACGGGAUCGACAGAGAUGGAGAGCUGGAUUUCUCCACUUUCCUGACCAUCAUGCACUCGCAAAUAAAACAAGAGGAUCCAAAGAAAGAAAUUCUUUUGGCCAUGUUGAUGACUGACAAGGAGAAGAAAGGCUACAUCAUGGCGUCUGAGCUGCGGUCCAAACUCAUGAAACUGGGGGAGAAGCUCACCCACAAGGAAGGCACAGAUAUUUUCGUUAAAAAAGAAAAAAAAAAAAAAAAAAAAAAAGACAAAGAAGCAAGCAAGCACCAGGUGGCUUCAGUGACGGACUCACCACUAGCACAUCCCCACAAUCUACCUGGGCUCCUGCAGAAAGCCUGAUUCACUCAAAACUGAAUCUGUCUUCAGGGAUAGGGUGGAUGAUCUUUUCAAGGAAGCAAAUAUCGAACCAAAUGGCAAAGUGAAGUACGAUGAAUUUAUCCACAAGAUCACCAUUCCUGUGUGGGACUACUGAAUAAAGAGAAUUGCAAGAGAGCCUCCCCCAGGCCUGAAAACUCAGACUGUGAAGUUUUUAAAAAGAAAAGGCUCUUUUACCCUGGGGGGGGGGGCACGACUGGUAAAUGCUGCAGCAAGAUGAGAUGAGUUGACCGCAGCGGUGGCAGGGCGGAAACUCAGCAAUGACAUGAAAUGGUUUCAGCCUAGCAUUAGUAGUCUUUAAUAAAAGAUUUGUAUUGAUUUUUAACAA